AUGAUUGCCAACGAUAAUAAGCACUGGGACGAAAACAGUGAGCGACGUGCUUACAAUGAUCGGAUCAGUCGUAUGCGGAAGAUCGAGUACCCAAUGCUUGAAGAUCUGACGUACCUCGAUCAUGGCGGCACGACGCUCGCAUCCAAGUCUUUACUCGACUCCUUCUGCGAAGAGAUGCAAAGCACUCUCCUCGCCAAUCCUCACUCUGAUUCAUCCAAUCCGAGUGUAACUGCCGUCAUGGUAGAGCAAACUCGGCUUGCUGUCUUGAAGAUGUUCAACGCCGACCCCGUUCACUUUGAUGUCGUCUUCACCGCUAAUGCCACCGGUGCCAUCAAAUUGGUGACAGAAGGGUUCUCUGGAUACGAGGAAGGAUUCGAUUACUGUUAUCAUCGUAACAGCCAUACAAGUCUGGUUGGUGUCCGAGAGCUGGCCAAUCCCUUGGUAUCCACGACCCCAAUCGACUUGAGCAACCAUCUCUUCGCCCCCGACUUCAUCUCCCUAUCCUUCUACAAGAUCUUUGGGUUCCCGGAUCUCGGUGCUCUGAUUGUCCGGAAGGCGGCUGGCCAUGUGUUCGAUCACCGGAAGUACUUCGGCGGUGGCACGACAGAGAUGACAACUUGCCUUGGAGAAUCAUGGGUAGCCCGCAAGAACUCUAGCCUCCAUGCACGCUUAGAGGACGGAACGAUCGCUUUCCGGAAUAUUCUUGCUCUGAAGUGUGCUAUAAUGACUCAUCGCGCGUUGUUCGGCGGGCUUGAAGAAGUCUCGACACACGCUAGGUGGCUUGCUAGCAUCCUUCACGAUCGUUUGACGAGCAUGACGCACUACAAUGGUGCACUAGUAUGCCAAGUAUACAAGUCGAGAGAAACUCACUAUCAAGAUUCGCAAAGACAGGGGCCGACGAUAGCUUUCAAUAUACAGAGAAGCAAUGGAGCAUACAUCGGCCCGUGGCACGUUGGAGCAUUUCUCAGGGCGAGCAAGAUCCACGUUCGCACGGGCAACGUGUGUAAUCCUGCAGGUAUGGCAUGUGCGCUGGGUGUAGAGGCUGGAUGGAUACGGGGAGCGUUCGACGCGGGUCUUCGAUGCAAUACGGAGGCUGAUGUUGUGGACGGAGUGCCUUUUGGGAUAGUCAGAGUGACCCUCGGGGCCAUGAGUACUUUGGAAGAUGUUGAAACGCUCGUGAGCUGUCUUUCGCGGAACGUCGUAGAACGCCGGGGGCCCCUCCAAGAGACUGCGCAGGUUCGUGACAAGAGCAAGGAAUGGGUAGAGGAGUCAAGAAGUCCCUCCGCUGUCUCGGAGAUGACUACAACCCGGAUAGACCCCCCUUUCCUAGGUCAAAGGGAGCGAACGACCACAUUGAAGACCCCGAGGAGCUUGAUUUCGUGGCUGAGGAGGAGGAAAAGGUUGUAUCCGCGCUUUCAUGGGGGAAGGCACAUUGGUUGA